GUUUCAAUUUCUCAGCAGCUUUCUCGUGCCUUCUCCUUUUUCUUCCUGUGUGUAAUCUAGACUUAAGGACCCUCACCCCGUUUAUCACGAAUCCUUUACUGAAUCUGAAUCAACCUCGACUAACCACUGUGGUUGUCGAAACGUAUCCAUCAACAUGAACAGCACGCUUGCGGCUGAGUAUGCGUUCCGUGCGUCGUUGAGGGAUGGCUGUCAUGCCUAUGUGGAGGGGUAUGGCACAUCAUAUGGCUAUCGGCCGUCACUGGCCGCGGGCAUCGUAUUCUGCGUCCUCUUUGGAGUGUCAAUGCUUGCGCAUAUGGUGCAGAUGGUGUGGAAAAGGACCUGGUGGUGUUCUGUGUUUGUGCUCGGAUGUGCCACGGAGGUCCUCGGCUGGGCUGGGCGUACCUGGUCUGCAGAAUGUCCAUACAACUCGACUGCAUUCCUGAUGCAGAUUUCCACUCUGAUCAUCGCCCCUACCUUCUUCACGGCGGGGAUCUACGUCCUCCUGGGCCGGUUCAUCUCGCUGCUGGGCCGGGAAACGUCGAUGUUGCGUCCCAAGCUCUACCUGUGGAUCUUCGUGACCUGCGACAUCGUGUCGCUGGUGGUGCAGGCCAUCGGCGGCGGGCUGGCGUCGAUGGCGUACAACGAGGCCAACGGCGACACGGCGCCCGGCACGCACACCAUGGUGGCCGGUAUCGUCUUCCAGCUGGCCUCGAUCACCGUCUUCGUCCUCCUGGCCGCCGACUUCGUGCGCCGCACCCUCCGCCUCCGCCUGCUGCAGAGCAUGACCGGCUCCGUGGUCCCGCUGCUGGGCGCCAUGAUCCUGUCCGUCGUCUGCAUCUACAUCCGCAGUAUCUACCGCACGAUUGAGCUGUCGCAGGGCUGGUCCGGGUAUCUGAUCACGCAUGAGGUCUACUUCAUCGCCCUGGACGGCGCCAUGAUGGUCAUCGCCGUCGGCGUGUUCAAUGUCUUCCAUCCGGGCUGGCUGCUGCCGAAGACUGCGCCCAAGGCGUUCCACCGCGAGAUUAACUCGUUCGAUAUGGAGGAGAGGAGAUAACGCUUUUCUUUUUUUUUUUUUUCUUGUUUUCUUUUCUGGGAAUCUCGUCUUGUCUAUUAAUUGCUGUUUUACGGUUCUUUCUUCUUCUUCUCCAGCGCGCAACUUCAUGACCCAUCAUUUCCUCUUCUGCACCUGACCUGGUACUGUACACUCACACUCUAAUCUCCCACAUAUAGAACCCCCACCCUCAACACCAACAUAUUUCAUACUUACUACCUAUUAUACCUACACUGUACUGUAUCUAACCAAGUCCUUCGCAUACAUAGUACGACACAUAGAUAGAUAGAUAUACAUAUACGCAGACGAAUCCAUC